AGAAACCUGUGGGUUCUUGUUGUGGGACAGUUCCCGAAGGAACACAGAGUUGGGAUUCCAGACUUCAAAUACGUGGCAAAUACGGACGAGACGGUUGAGCGGGAACUGCUGCUCCAUCUGAUUGACUAUCUCGUAACCAACCACGGGAAAGACCCUGAAAUCACAAACCUCAUCAACAGCGCCCGGAUACACAUCAUGCCUUCCAUGAACCCAGAUGGAUUCGAAGUCGUCAAAAAUCUCGACUGUUUUUACAGCAAUGGAAAGGAAAACUUUAACCAGUAUGACCUGAAUCGAAACUUCCCCGAUGCUUUUGAAUAUAAUAACAUGUCGAGGCACCCUGAAACUGCAGCCGUCAUGAAGUGGCUGAAGACCAAGACAUUCGUCCUCUCUGCAAACCUCCAUGGCGGUGCCCUGGUGGCCAGUUACCCAUUUGAUAAUGGCGUUCCAGCAAGUGGGGCAUUGCUUUCCCGAAGUGUAACUCCUGCUGAUGAUGUUUUUCAAUAUCUUGCAAAUAUCUAUGCAUCAAGAAACCCCAACAUGAAGAAAGGAGGUCAGUGUGAGAACAAACUGAACUUUCCUAACGGAGUUACCAAUGGAUACUCCUGGUAUCCACCGCACAGCGGAAUGCAAGACUACAACUACAUCUGGGCCCAGUGCUUUGAAAUUACGCUGGAGCUGUCAUGCUGCAAAUACCCUCCUGAAGAGGAGCUGCCAUCCUUCUGGAAUUAUAACAAAGCCUCAUUGGUCGAAUAUAUGAAACAGGUGCACUUAGGUGUAAAGGGUCAAGUUUUUGAUAUCGAUGGAAAUUCAUUACCUAAUGUAAUUGUGGAAGUCCAAGACCGAAAACAUAUCUGCCCAUACAGAACCAACAAAUUUGGAGAAUAUUAUCUAUUUCUCUUGCCUGGGUCCUAUACAAUAAAUAUUACAGUCCCUGGGCAUGAUCCAUACCUCACAAAGGUGGUUAUUCCAGAGAAAUCCCAGAACUUCAGUGCGCUUAAAAAGGAUUUUCAACUUUCAUUCCAAGGGCAACUGGAUUCUACCCAAGUAUCAGAUCCUUCAUGCCCACUGAUUCCUCUCUACAAAAAUUUUCCAAGCCACUCAGGGGCAACAAAGCCUAGUUUGUUCCGGGACUAG